AUGGCCGCCGCGCCGGAGGGCGAGGGCCUCUUCGCUGACCCCGAGCCAUUCUCCCCGUCCAUCUUCCUCGACCUGCCCCCGACGCCCCGCCCCGAUGGCAACGGCGAGGUCCCGGCCUCGUCGGAUGACCUCGUCCUCCCCUUCAUCACGCGGAUCCUCAUGGAGGAGGACAUCAACGACCAAUUCUUCUACCAGUUCCCCGACCACCCCGUGCUCCUCCAAGCCCAGGAACCGUACGCGCAGAUCCUCUCUGACGCUGCCACGGCUCGCACCAACAGCGCCGCCUCGGUCUCCCCCGCCACCGUAUCGCCGUCCUCCUCCGACGACCCAGUCCAGCUCCUCAUGUCCCCGCCGUACCCCGAUACGGGACUGCACGGCUUCACCGAAGACGGUGUCGGCACCUUCUUCUUGCCCGCACAAGAUGGUGGCAGCCCGGAGUUUGAGCAGAGUCCGGCGCAAUUAAAGGCCACAACCUUGCCCGCCGGAGACGGGUCAGGGAGCCAGCUCUACAGGUCUCUCAUGGCUGAGCGCAUCCCGGUCGUGGAGUACCUCAAGGCCUACUGGUUGUACCUGGCAGCUUGCUGUUUCAAAAUGACGGCAUUCAGGUUCUCCAACAUGACAAUCCUCAAGGCCAUCGCUGGGAGGAAAAAGGUUCACAUCGUGGAUUACGGCGUGAAUUAUGGGGUUCUGUGGCCAAGUUUGCUAUACCGUUUGGCGAACUUGGAGGGUGGACCACCUGAAGUGAGGAUCACCGGCAUUGACCUCCCCCAGCCUGGAUUCCGCCCAGCUGUGCGGAUUGAGGAGACAGGGCGCCGGCUCAGCAAUUAUAUGCUCGUCAGCUCGGUGUCCCAUUCAAGUUCCAUGGUACUCAUUGUCAACAGUAUCAUGCUGUUUGGAAAUUUGAUGGACGAGGGGGUCGACAUCGAUAGUCCAAGCCCUAGGGAUAUUGUCCUCAGAACCAUUCGUAAGAUGCAACCAGAUGCAUUCAUCCUUUAUGUCAUGAAUGUCUCGUAUAGUGCUCCAUUCUUUGUAACACGUUUCCGGGAGGCGCUGUUCUUUUACUCUGCAAUGUUUGACAUGCUGGAUGCCACGGCUCCACGGGAUAGUCACCAGCGCUUUUUGGUUGAGCGGGGCCUCUUUAGGCAGUCUGCCCUGAAUGUUGUUGCCUGUGAAGGCACGGACAGGGUGGAGCGCCCGGAGACAUAUAAGCAAUGGCAGGUGCAGAACCACCGGGCAGGGCUAAAGCAGCUUCCAUUGGAUCCAGAUAUUGUAAAGACCUUGAGGGACAAAGUUAGGGAUCAGUAUCACAAGGACUUUAUCAUUGACACAGAUCAUAAUUGGCUUCUGGAAGGAUGGAAGGGACGCAUACUCUAUGCCAUGUCGACAUGA